AUUUUGUGUUUUAUUUUCGUUCGUUAUUAAUUGUUUUUUUUUUGGUUCCUAAACUAUUGUUUGGGGGUUUAAGUACGUGUUUGUUUGGCUAACAGCAUGAACUUGCUCGCGUAUAACACCUACGAGGACUACUUAGAUGCCUUUAUUACCACUAAUGAUAUACGUUACAUGCGUAACUGGCCGAUUAGCAGGCGCUUCGUCCAAAAUGCGUGUGGACACAGCUGCAUGGCUGGUCUGCUCAUGCGCGAAGAGUUCGAUGAGAAGCGUCGCCUUGCCGCCGAGGCUGCAGCUCCCCGGGGAAUGCACGACAGCGAUCUAUUUGGCGUAUAUCUUACGAGCAGGGAUCGGGUGCUGCAUCAAUUUGCCAAGCGCGAGAUGAUGUUGAUUACCAAAAAGAUAUCGACCAUUGUCUUUCUCAUCAUGCGCGCAAAGUCAGGCCUGGAGGUGUCCGGCUUUAUAGACCUGGAACAGAGUCUGCGUGAGUCACGCAUGAAGAAAAGCCACUGCUUUGACUGGAGAGCGAUUUUCGAAGGCAAGGCAAAGCUGAUGCCGCGCAGACGCGACAUAAGCUAUCGGGACUGGUAUAAGAACGCCGUUUCCAACAAUGGCAGCGACAACUUCAGUCCCGUGGAGGAGGGCGCUCACAGUCUGCUUGUGAAGCAUCGUGGAGACCACAAGUUCAUCUGCAUCAAUGCAGGCUGUGAGUGCCCCAACAGCCAGAAUGCGCGGCGCUCAAUGUACAAUUCGCGCAUCUACGGACAGGUUAUAUUCUUCGAUCAUUAUAUCAGACGCAUCAAUUAGGGCGGGAUGAGCUGACAACAAUAAAGCACACAAAAGAGCACUCGAUUGGCAUCAGAAGCUUCGAGGACAUCAUUGGCUUAUGGCUGUCAAUUGGUAUUCGGCUUUGCAAGGCAUUAAGUUGCCAGGUUGCUUUAAUUGCGAGUGCGUUUGUGUAAAACUCAAUCCAGCGAA